AUGGCUCCGGUCGCUUCCACUUCACAAUCCCAUUCGCAUUUAUUACCAAGGAACACCGUCUCAAAUGCUCCACGUCGAUCUCCCGCUGUCCUCAAUAAAAGCGUUCAACUAGCCCUCUCGCAUCCGUUUCUUUACCUCUGUUUUAUUGUCCUUGGCGGCCUUCUUUCCCUAGCCUUAGUCGUCUGCUUUGUGUAUUGUAUCGCACGGUACUGUCAGCGGCGGAAACGGAAAGUCCACCCACUCUUGCUAAGCCCCUUCCCAACGACAGGAUUGUUGAGUUCGGUGAAGAGUCUGGGGAGCCGGCUGAACGCCACAGAAAAGUUGCCUCUGGGACUUAUAGAAACAUCUCCAACACCUACAUUGCUCUUUGGCACGAUCUCUUUUGAUAGAAAUAUUGCAAUUACGGAAUUUUCGGAUACUAUCGCGGAAAUGGAUAUCACAGAAGCUGUUUACGAGUGUGGUACGAUAUCUUGCAAAGACGGACCUACGAACACAGCAGAUGUGAACGUGGGUAGUAAAGAUAUACCUCCGUAUUCUCGCUCUUCAUCCAUGACCGUUGCUGCUUGA